CCUGAGAUGGCCGAUCAACAACUUGGAGUGUUAAAAGCACUAGAUGUUGCGAAGACGCAACUAUACCAUUUCACAGCUAUUGUCAUCGCCGGUAUGGGUUUCUUUACGGAUGCCUAUGAUCUUUUUUGUGUGUCCUUGGUCACCAAGCUCCUAGGCCGCCUCUACUACUUCAAUCCAGAGUCAGCAAAGCCUGGCUCCCUUCCCCCUCAUGUUGCGGCUGCGGUUAACGGCGUGGCCCUCUGUGGGACCCUUGCUGGUCAGCUCUUCUUUGGAUGGCUCGGUGACAAACUUGGACGGAAAAAAGUCUACGGUAUCACUUUGAUCAUGAUGAUCGUGUGCUCUGUUGCUUCGGGUCUCUCAUUCGGAAGCCAUGCCAAAGGUGUCAUGACCACCCUUUGCUUCUUCAGGUUUUGGUUGGGAUUCGGUAUCGGAGGUGACUACCCUCUUUCUGCCACAAUCAUGUCUGAAUACGCUAACAAGAAGACUCGUGGGGCUUUCAUCGCCGCCGUCUUCGCCAUGCAAGGCAUUGGUAUCUUGGCUGGAGGUUUUGUGGCACUUGCAGUUUCUUCCAUUUUCGACAAAAAUUUCCCAUCGCCCACCUAUGAGCAAGACAGGUUUCUCUCAACUCCCCCUCAAGCUGAUUACAUUUGGCGUAUCAUUGUCAUGUUUGGUGCUCUACCUGCUGCAUUGACCUACUAUUGGCGUAUGAAGAUGCCUGAAACUGCUCGUUACACUGCUUUAGUCGCCAAGAACAUCAAACAAGCCACACAAGACAUGUCCAAAGUCUUACAAGUGGAGCUUGAGGUUGAAGAAAGGGAUGAUGACCCCAAACUCAACUAUGGCUUGUUCUCCAAGGAAUUCUUGAAACGCCAUGGGCUUCCACUCCUUGGGUGUACCUCCACUUGGUUCUUGCUUGACAUUGCCUUCUACAGCCAAAACUUGUUCCAAAAGGAUAUUUUUUCGGCAAUCGGAUGGAUUCCAAAGGCAGCCACCAUGAAUGGUAUCCAUGAGGUUUUCAAGAUUGCUAGGGCACAGACACUCAUCGCGCUUUGCAGUACUGUUCCAGGUUACUGGUUCACAGUCGCGUUCAUUGAUAUCAUGGGAAGGUUUGCAAUCCAACUAAUGGGAUUCUUUUUCAUGACUGUGUUUAUGUUUGCCAUUGCCUUCCCUUACAACCAUUGGAUUAAACCGGAUAACCGUAUCGGUUUCGUGGUUAUGUACUCUCUCACGUUCUUUUUUGCCAACUUUGGUCCAAAUGCAACCACUUUUAUUGUCCCUGCUGAGAUCUUCCCAGCCAGGCUAAGGUCUACAUGCCACGGUAUAUCAGCCGCGACAGGGAAAGCUGGAGCCAUCGUUGGAGCCUUUGGGUUCCUAUACGCAGCUCAACCACAGGACAAGAGCAAGGUUGAUGCUGGAUACCCACCAGGCAUUGGAGUUAAGAACUCAUUGAUCAUGCUUGGUGUUAUUAACUUUAUUGGUAUGCUUUUCACAUUCCUCGUCCCUGAGCCCAAGGGCAAGUCCCUAGAAGAACUUUCCGGAGAGGCUGAGGUUGAUAAAUAA